AAAUAAAUCGCCAUUGUUUAAGCCAACCCAUUUCAUGGUAUUUGUUUAGAGCAGCCUAGGAAACUAAAACAAUGUUCAUUUUAUUUAUUUUAUUUUUUUGGUGACUUUAUCAGAAGUAAUAUUACACUUGGUAAUCAAUAGUGGCAAAUUUGUUUAAUUGUAACUAGACCAAUAUUCUGCUGCUCUUCUCAGAUUCCAUUGAUGAAUAAUACAGUGUGUUUUAAUAUGUAAUUGUCAUUGAAGUGAUUGAUUUGAAAUAGAAGAAUGAAAUCAAAACCCACUCAAUUAUGCAUCCAUUUUUAAUAAUAACUUGUUUGGAGAGAAAAUCAUGUAGAAUUUUAACAACAUAUAAAAGUAACACCAAUGUUUAUUAUCAAAUUGCCUAUGUUUAAUAGUUUUAUAUUGAUAUAACUUACUAAAUCAAUAAUCUUAAACUGGUCUUUUUGUUCAACAUAAAGAAUGUAUUUCUUCAAUAUCCACUCUUCUUCCUAAGGAUUCAACUGGGCCUUUUAUCCUCAGGAAACUGCUCUGAUGAUUGUAUGAUUUGAUGGAUUGUUGAGAACUCUGUAAACACAGCAGUAAUUUGUCUCUGCAUUCUGGACUUGAUUUAGCUUUAUUCUUUUUCUCAUAGGCAUUCUAAAAUAUUUAUGAUGGAGUAUGUUGGUAAUCUGAUGUGGAAGUCCUGUGAGAAACAAAAAGAACUAAUUACCAGCAAAUUUACAACCAUAGGCACAUUCUUUCAAAUUCUGUUUCUACUUGUAAAAGAGGUGGAAUAAUGAAUGGAAUAAUACAAACGUAAUGAUUUAAAAUGAUGCUAUUAUUUUUUCUAUCUUUGUUCUUGCAUAUUGCAAAAUUAUUCAUUAACUUGACCAUGCUAAUCUUUUUACACAAAUGUAAUGAACACCUGCUCUGGUUUUAGAGGAAUUAAUCACGCAACAUUCAAGAUAAAUAGAGUUGGCCUUGACUGAUCAGGUACUAGUGUUCCUCAGCGAGCACAUUUUAGUUGUAACAUUACAGUGAAUAAUCAGAAGGCAACUGGGGUAAGUACCUAAAUUUAAAUAGCUUUUGAAUGAAGUAUAUAUACAAUAAUGUUGACUGUGGAUGUUUAGUAGAGUAGAGGAUGUUACUAUAAUUUAGAAGUCAGAUUCUUGUGGAACUAUUAAUUGGAUUUGUUUAGUUUACCAGUACCUUGUGCUUUCUGCUGAGAUAUGAUCCAAAACCCAAUAAGAAGUCAGAAUGGAUAAAGUCUUGUUGUGGACUCUCUUACUGACUUUUUCUGGAAGUCAAGCCUCAAGACCCUUGGCUCAAAGAAAUGCUGAAUUUGCAAUGGAUCUUUAUCAAGCUAUUUGUUUAUCUCACAAAAACAACAUUAUAUUUUCCCCUCUUGGAACAACUUUGAUUCUUGGAAUGAUACACCUGGGAGCAAAAGGAAAAGCACAACAGCAGAUAAGACAAACUUUAAAACUUCAGGAAAAUUCAACUGGAGAGGAAUUUUCUGUGCUGAAGCCAUUUUUCUCUGCCAUCUCAGAGAAAAAACAAAAAUUUACGUUUAAUCUUGCAAAUGCCCUCUACCUUCAAGAAGGAUUCGCUGUGAAAGAACAAUAUCUCCAUGGCAACGAGGAAUUUUUUCAGAGUGCUAUAAAACUGGUGGAUUUUCAGGAUGCAAAAGCUUGUGCAGAGACAAUAAAUACCUGGGUAGAAAGCAAAACAGAAGGAAAAAUUAAAGACAUGUUUUCAGGGGAAGAAUUUGGCCCCCUGACUCGACUUGUCCUGGUGAAUGCUGUUUAUUUCAAGGGGGACUGGAAACAGAAAUUCAGAAAGGAAGACACACAGUUGAUGAAUUUUACUAAGAAAGAUGGUUCAGCAGUCAAGAUUCCAAUGAUGAAGGCUCUGCUGAGAACGAAAUAUGGUUAUUUUUCUGGAUCCGCUAUGAAUUACCAGGUUUUGGAAUUACCUUAUAAAGGUGAUGAGUUUAGUUUAAUCAUCAUACUUCCUGCCAAAGACGUGCCCAUAGAAGAAGUGGAAAAAUUAAUUACUGCUCAUCAAAUCCUGAAAUGGCUCUCUGAAAUGCAAGAAGAGGAAGUAGAAAUAAGCCUCCCUAGAUUUAAAAUAGACCAAAAAUUAGACUUCAAAAAAGCUUUGUAUGCUUUGAAUGUAACUGAGAUAUUUAGCGGUGGCUGUGACCUUUCUGGAAUAACAGAUUCAUCUGAGGUGUAUGUUUCCCACGUCUUGCAAAAGGUUUUCUUUGAGAUAAAUGAAGAUGGCAGUGAAGCUGCAGCCUCAUCUGGCAUACAAGUCCCUGUGAUCAUGAGUCUGGCUCAAAACCAAUUUAUAGCAAAUCAUCCGUUUCUGUUUAUUAUGAAGAAUAACCCAACAGAAUCAAUUUUGUUUAUGGGAAGGGUGACAACUCCUGAAACACAGAAGAUGAAGGGAAGAGAUUUAAAUUCACUGUGAACAAAAUGCACAGCUUCAUAGUAUAAGCCAAUUCCUGAAAAAUGGUUGAUAAUCAGCAGAAUAUAUGAAAAUAUUUUCUAAUAUCUUUUUCUUCCUGUUUUAAGCUUCAUCCAUAUUAAUCUGUAUUAAUAUAGACAUGUAUUAAAG